UUUUAAACACCCGUUAAAUAAUGGCUGGAGUCUGGUAAGGAGGUUGCUAUUUCUAUUGUUUAAUAAAGCGAGAUUAAUCUCUUGUGUGUUAUGAACAUUAAAAACUUGUAAUUAGAACAUAACUGUUUUUAGAAGAAAAAAGCUGACAUUUCUGUAUUGACAUAAAAAAACUUUAAAAAUAAAAAUACGUGGACGUUUUUUUCAUACAUUUUUAUUUUUAAAAAAAUAAAAAAUGCCAUCUAAGUUAGUUAAGUUUUAUACACCCUAUUCAGUUGAUAGGGAGUUUACUCAGCUGGAAAUAGGCGAUAUCUCUACAAAUGUCUACGUACUAUUGUGUAUAUAGGACGUGGAAGCAUCAUGGUUUUACGAACGACGUUUUGGAAAAUAUCUAUAAUUGUGUCAAGUUUCAUGUUCAUGCUUUUUCUGGUAACAAAAUAUGGCGUCAUUGACCACGUGUUUCCAUCAGAUCAGUUAACGCAAAAUGUUGUGGGUGGUAUAUAUGAGAAUAAAAAAAGUUCAAUUUCAGAAGAACAUACUGAAGACAAGUUGCAUAGUCUUGUAGCAAAUAACACAAAUAACCUCAAUGAAGGAGCGCCAUAUAUUUUAGAGAAUAAAAACACUUUGGCAGAUGCGUGUUCUCCACCGUACCUCGAUCCAUUUGAUGAAUCGAUCAAGGCUUUUAUAAAACACCCUCGAAAGUUUCCAUGUAAACAAGUCCAGCCUGAGUUGACGUACUUGAGCGAGGAUGGGCACAUAUUAAUAAACACUACUGUAAAAAUAAAUUAUGAACAGAAAUACGGUCCAAUAAGUUGCAAGUGGAAAACAAUAGCAAAGGGAUUUGGCGGGAAAGAUGUGAUUGUUGAUGGGUUGUAUAAUAAGCUCACGGAAUUACCAGUUUCCUUUCCGCGUCAUGAUAUGGUUCAAGUGAAAUGUUUUGAUAAAAAACGAAUGAUUUAUUUUAACUUGCAUGCAUUCCCACACGCUCUCAAAGAACCUAAAACUCCUCCAAAUGACGAUCAACUUUCUGUUUAUAUUUUAUUCUUAGAAAGUAUGUCCAGUUCUCGUUUUUUGCGGCAUAUGAAAUCGACACUACGCUACAUGCAAAACAAAUUGGACUCGGUUAUCUUUAAAAAGUAUAACAAAGUCGCGGACAAUACCUUUGUAAACGUGAUGCCUCUAUUAACCGGCAAACGAUCUGGAAGACAACAAGCGAACAUGAAGGAUGAAUUUAAAGGAUUUAAAAUAAGUGAGAACUAUUUUGACAAUUUUUCUUCUUUUAUUUGGAAUGAUUACAGAACAUUAGGUUAUAACGUUGCAUUUUUGGAAGAUACUCCCUACUUGGGUUUAUUCGAAUACAACAAAAAAGGAUUUUUAAAAGCCGAACCUUUUGAUUAUUAUUUUCGGCCGUUUUUUCUACGUCAACAGAGACUGAGAAAGUAUACAAACCGCUACUGUUUUGGUAAUAAACCAAUCAUGAAACUCCAAUUAGAUAUCGCUAAACGAAUCGCAAUGAAACAUAAACAAAAACAAAGAUUAUUUUUUUACGAUUUCUAUAGUCGCGUUGGACAUGACGAGGAAAACGGAAUAGAAAUGGCGGAUAACAUGAUGAGAAAGUUUUUACGCGCUCUCCACCUGAGUGGUAGUUUAAAUAAAACAAUACUAUUUUUACUUGGCGAUCAUGGAGCACGGUAUGGGAAAGUUAGGCAAUCUCAAGUUGGUUAUUAUGAGGAAAGAUUACCGUUUUUGUCUAUAACUUUACCAAAAUGGUUUCGAAAUAAACAUACAAGUGUUUACAACGCAUUACUAGAAAACACACAACGGUUGGUGACCCCCUUUGAUAUUCACGAAACUUUGUUAGACAUAGCACAAAAAAAUUACAACGGGAAUCAACGUAAAAACAAUGUCCGUCACAAAAGUUUGUUUUAUAAAAUAUCUCCGAACAGGACUUGUUUCAAUGCUGGUAUACCUGACCACUAUUGCACGUGUUACCAAAUGAUAAGUCGAUCGACCAAACUUGAUGUAAUACGGAUGGCGAGUGAAUUUCUGGUUGAAUAUAUCAAUAAAAUUUUAGCUUCUUUUAAAAACAAAUGCGCUAUUCUUUACUUAGACUAUAUACAAAACGCUAGUGAGGUGUAUGAGAAGAACGACGACUCGAAUGUAAAGAAAUAUCGAGUUAUGAUCACAACUCGUCCUGGUCAGGCGAUAUUCGAAGCGUUAAUAGCUCGUAACUUAUUUUUGAACUCGUUUACCGUUCAGAACGAUAUUAGUCGAUUAACUCUGUAUGAAAAACAAAGUAAAUGUGUUAAAAGAAUGAGAAAAUAUUGUUAUUGCCAAUAAGAGGGCAAUCUCAAAUGAAUGAAAAACACGCAUAAAUAUUUUCGUUUUUGUAUUCACGGUUUUAAUGGGAAAUACACUUUUGUUUUUAUGUCUUUG